AUGCUCGCUGCCAGUAAAGCCGUCGACAUGCACAUCGAGAACAGGAUAGCGGAGGUCGAAAACAAGCACCAGGAGUUAGGUCAAGAUGCCUUGGUCGACCCCCACGAUCCUCUCUCUUGGAGCACUGCGCGGAAGCUUACCAUCCUCGUUGUUGUCGGCCUCUGGAUUUUGCUGGGGACUUCGAACAUGAUCAUAAUCGCCCCGGCCCUCCAAAUCAUUCCCGUCGAGUUUCACUCGUCUUUCAACACUUCGACUUACCUCGUCGGGGGCCCACUCUUGGCAUACGGCAUUUCUUCCUUCAUCUGGGUGCCUCUGGGUAACAGAUAUGGUAUCAGACUCGUCUUCGUUCUCGGUUCGCUGGGUGCCGCCUGCAUGGACUGCUGGGCUGCCAAGGCAACAUCGUUCGGGAGUCUCGUCGCCGCCAGGACCCUAGCUUCGAUGUUCUAUGCACCUCCCGAAACGCUAGCACCUCAACUUGUGGGCGACGUCUUCCAUUUCAAAGACAGAGCAAAGGCCAUGACGUGGGUUGGCAUCUUACAAGCCAGCGGUUUUUCAGGUGGGCCUCUGAUCGGAGCCUUCAUCAUUCAAAACCAAUCUCUUGGGUGGCGCUGGAUCGAAUGGGUCCUAGCCAUCAUCACAUUCGGCGCUGCAGCUUUGAUGCUCAUUCUCCUACCGGAAACUCAAUACACGAGACACAUGGAAGAAACGACGACAUUGAUAAGGUCAUGGAAGGAUGACUUGCGAUUUUGGCCGGUCAGUGGAGGAGGGAGACCGAAAGAGCACAGUGUCCUCCACGGACUGGCGACCAUAAUUCCAUAUUUUGGACAUCCGGUCAUUAUUCUCAAUACAGCAUUCUUUUCUUUGACACUCCUGGUCACUAGUUAUACCUUGACCACACAAUCUAUUUCCUAUCUGACGGUAUAUCCAUUUUCUAUCGGGAAUUCCGGCCUGACCUUCAUUGCACCUUUGAUCGGUACCUGGAUGGCGAUGCUAUUCUGCGGUGUUCUGGCAGAUCGGAUGUUCAAUCGAUUGACGAAGAAGGAAGGGCGAAAGCCAAAGCCGGAGCGCCGAUUACCUCUCCUGAUAGUGACCGGAGUGGUUGGUAUUGGCGGCUCACUUCUUUUCGGCAUUUGUACUCAGGAGAAAUGCCACUGGGUUGCCCCUCUAUUUGGAUCAUGCUUCGUCAGUUUCUGCUUCAUCGCCUCUCUUAGCAUUUCAUUCGCGUAUCUGCUCGAUGUAUACGAGGCGAGAAUGGAUACCGUCAUGGUCAUCGACAAUGGAAUGAAGAACCUGGCAGCAUUUGGCAUCAGCUACGCCAUUGUGCCGUGGAAUACAAGUGCGGGCUAUUCAAUUCCAUUUGCUGUGAUGGCCGUGAUUCUCUUCGUUGCACAUCUGCUCAUGGCUGUGGUCUACUUGAAGGGUGAGGCAAUGAGGAAGUGGAGUGCUCAGCGUUUCGAGUCGGCGAGAACAACGCAUCACGGGGAUGCCUUCUGA